UGGUUGUGUAUCUUGAGUAAGGAAGGAAAGAGGGAAGAAUGGAGGGGAAGUUGAGAGGAGGAGAAAAAGGAGGAGGAGGAGGAGGAGGAUGAGGAAGAGGAAGAGGAAGAAGGAAGAAGGGGGAUUGGGAGCCUGAAAGAGAAGUUGGGCAAGGAAGGUAGUAGGUCGGUAGGUAGUGGUGGUAGUCAAUGGAAGGAAGGAAGAAAGGAAGGAGCCUUGGAGUUGGAGUCGCAGUCGCAGUACUAGGUAGGUUGGGCGGGCGGGCGGUGACUGGUGUGUGGCUGUCAACGACUGGAAUGGACCUGUCAAUGCGUCACCCAGCGAGACACUUCAGUUCUCUUCAGUUCCUGCUUUCACUCCGUCCUUCCAGUCUCGCUGGCCUUCAAAUGGAUCCGAUGUCGAUGCACGCCGUCGUCGACCAGCAGGGAUCCUGUCGGCUGGGAGCAAGGGGUGCGACAAGGAAGCUGGUACCGGUGGUGGAGUGGACAGGAACAGCGGGUAGCCAGGGGAAGAGCCCACUGCAGUUCAGUUUAAACCAAGUGGUCUGUGCUUCCACUUUUUCUUUCUUUCUCCUUCGUUCCUCUCAUGCAGUGCGAGGCAACAACUUGGGAGGAUGCAGCCUGGACGGCAACAAGCAGAGAGUGACAGCAGCAGACAGGAAGCAGGAGGGAUUAGUGCUUUGAACUGGAUGAAUGCAGUGAGCCAAGUUGACAACAGAGACCUGACUGAGGGACAGGAAUGUAACUGAACUGAAUGCUUCAGUUUUCUUUGAUCGAGUCGAAGCUUCUGUUGGUGGGGCACCAAUCUGAAAUGUCCCGCUCUCUGUCUUUAUUGUAUAGGUACCUAUGGUAGUACACAGAUGAGGCUCGAAGCAAUCAGAUAUGCAGCAUG